AUGGCGGACGUAGACAUUGAUGUCCGUGCGGCGCUAUUAGGGAUCGAUUGGUCUCAGGUCAGUCUCGAUUCAGUUCAACUUCCUCCUGGAAACGAUUUUGGAAUUGAGAGUGAUGAUGAAGCUGUUUACCACGACGACCAGCUUGAAUUCGACACCGGAUUCGGCAACAUUAUCGUGGUUGAUAACCUCCCUGUUGUUCCCAAGUCGAAGUUUGAGAAGCUGGAAGGCGUCGUGAAGAAGAUUUACAACCAGUUAGGUGUGAUCAAGGAGAAAGGACUGUGGAUGCCCGUUGAUCCCGAUACCAAUUCGACUCUGGGCUACUGUUUCAUUGAGUUUAAUACUCCUCAGGAAGCACAAAACGCUAAGGAGAAGACUCAUGGCUACAAGCUGGACAAGGCUCAUAUCUUUGCUGUGAACAUGUUCGAUGAUUUUGAUAGAUUGAUGAAUGUGAAGGAGGAGUGGGAGGCUCCUCAGACUAAGCCGUAUACUCCUGGGGAAAAUUUGCAACAGUGGCUUACUGAUGAAAAAGCUCGGGAUCAGUUAGUCAUCCGGUCUGGCCCAGAUACUGAAGUUUUAUGGAAUGAUGCUAGGCAGAAGACGCCUGAGCCUGUUCAUAAGCGUUCGUACUGGACGGAAAGCUAUGUGCACUGGUCUCCCCUAGGUACUUACCUUGUGACACUUCACAAGCAAGGGGCAGCUGUUUGGGGUGGUGCUGAUACCUUUACCCGGCUCAUGCGUUACCAGCAUAAUAUGGUGAAACUAGUUGAUUUCUCCCCGGGUGAGAAGUACCUGGUAACUUACCAUAGCCAAGAGCCAAGCAACCCGCGUGAUGCUAGUAAAGUUGAGAUUAAGGUGUUUGAUGUGAGAACCGGAAGGAUGAUGAGAGAUUUCAAGGGUAGUGCUGAUGAGUUUUCAAUUGGAGGACCUGGUGGUGUUGCUGGUGCCUCUUGGCCUGUUUUCCGAUGGGCUGGUGGAAAAGAUGACAAAUACUUUGCCAAGCUCAGCAAGAACACCAUCUCUGUCUAUGAGACUGAGACUUUCAGCCUAAUAGACAAGAAAUCCAUGAAGGUCGAUAAUGUUGUGGACAUCUGCUGGUCUCCUACUGAUUCCAUCCUCUCACUGUUUGUUCCUGAACAAGGCGGUGGAAACCAGCCUGCCAAGGUUGCUCUUGUCCAAAUCCCUAGCAAGGUGGAGUUGAGGCAGAAGAAUCUCUUCAGUGUCAGCGACUGCAAGAUGUACUGGCAGAGUAGUGGAGAGUAUCUGGCUGUCAAGGUUGACCGGUACACGAAGACAAAGAAGAGCACAUACUCUGGAUUUGAGCUUUUCCGCAUCAAAGAAAGAGAUAUCCCUAUCGAGGUUCUUGAGCUGGAUAACAAGAACGACAAGAUCAUUGCUUUUGCUUGGGAGCCCAAGGGUCACAGAUUUGCUGUCAUUCACGGUGACCAACCGAGACCAGAUGUCAGCUUCUACUCAAUGAAGACUGCACAAAACACUGGAAGGGUUUCGAAGCUCACUACUUUGAAGGCCAAACAAGCCAAUGCCCUCUUCUGGUCUCCCACAGGAAAGUACAUCAUUCUUGCUGGUCUCAAGGGUUUCAACGGCCAGCUCGAAUUCUUCAACGUGGACGAGCUCGAGACAAUGGCCACAGCUGAACACUUCAUGGCCACUGAUAUCGAAUGGGACCCCACUGGAAGGUACGUUGCAACCGCGGUUACAUCAGUCCACGAGAUGGAGAAUGGAUUCACAAUAUGGUCUUUCAACGGUACUAUGCUCUACCGUAUACUAAAGGAUCAUUUCUUCCAGUUAGCAUGGCGUCCAAGACCGCCAUCCUUCUUGACCGCAGAGCAAGAACAAGAGAUAUUGAAGGACUUGAAUAAGUACAAAAAGAGGUUCGAGGAAGAGGAUCAGGACGUUUCUCUGCUCUUGUCUGAACAAGACAGAGAGAAGAGGAAGGCGUUGAAGGAAGACUGGCAUAAAUGGGUCAUGCAGUGGAAGUCUCUGUACGAAGAGGAGAAACUCGCGAGGCAAGACCUUCUGGGUGGCGAAAUCAGUGAUGUGGAAGAAGAGCAGUAUGAAGAUGAUGUCGAGUGUGAGGAUGUUAUUGAUGUCACUGAAGAAAUCGUUCAAGAAUCUUAA